CAGUAUUCUUUCUUACUUCCAAGCAUAGCAGCACCUCAUCAUUUUGAAACUUUUGUCACCGGUAAUAACUUGUUCGAAACCACAAGCAACAUAGAACAGAAAAGGGUGACUCGGAAUUUUGCACUCAAAUUCACCGUUCUCGAAAGCGUUMUUAUACAGAAAAGCAAUAAACAACAAUGAGCCUCCUGCAAUCUUCUCUCAGACGAUCGGCGUCUGCCGCGGCAAAAGCCACGACGGCCCGCCGAUCCAUGGCGGCGGCCGCUGCUUCCUCGGACGAACCCCUUCGCAAGACGUCCCUUCAUCAAUGGCACCUGGAUCUAGGGGGUGACAUGGUUCCCUUUGCGGGAUACGAAUUGCCUGUCCUCUACAAGGGGGACAAGGCCCCAAACGGCGGGGUCAUGAAGGAACACCUUUGGUGUCGAUCGGAGGGAAAGGCCUCGCUCUUUGAUGUUUCGCACAUGGGACAGGUGCGUGCGAKCAUUUCCAUCUGUCUGGGAGAACGAGGGCGCUGUGAUUGUGUGUGUGACAACUGGGACGAAAUUAGUUUACCAUGAAACAGGAUGACUCGUAUGUCGAUGUGUUUUAUAAUUUCUUCUGAACGAUGACCAAGAAAACUGGCGAGGAAUGGUUGGCACCACCACACCACACUAUUUGAUCGACGAGUUAAGGAAAGAGAAAUCUUAAUCACCUUACUUUUCUGAUUCCAUUGAUUAUUCUUUGCACUCUCGUUUCUUUUUCUUGAACGCAACUUUUUCAUUGCUGUUGAUGUGAUACAAAUACAACCAUCAAAUGUCCGAAUCAAAUUAAUUGUGUCUGCUAUCGAUUAAUCCUAUUAAAUUUCGAUCUUGCUCGAUUCGAUUCGAUUCUUUUCCGUUUCAUCAGAUUCGUUGGCACGGAGCUGACAGGGCCAAAUUUAUCGAAAAGGUUGUCGUCGGUGACAUCCAGGGUUUGGAGGACGGCCACGGACUCUUGAGUCUGAUCACGAACGCACAGGGGGGAAUCAUGGACGACACGGUGAUCACAAAUGCAGGUGAUUUUGUGUACAUGGUCGUCAACGGUGCCACUAAGUUCAAAGACAUGGCCCACUUUCAGGAACAACUCGAUGCGUUCGAGGGAGACGUAACGAUGGAAUACCUCGAGGACACGAUGCAGCUUUUGGCCCUCCAAGGACCAGGGGCUKCCGAAGCCAUUGCCAAGAUCCUUCCUGCCGGCUUCGAUUUGACGUCCAUGGCGUUCAUGACGGGGACAGAUGUUACCCUCGAUGGGGGCAUCGAGGGUUGCCGCAUCACUCGCUGCGGUUACACGGGCGAAGACGGCUUCGAGAUUGCCGUACCGGCCGAGCACUGCGAGGCAAUCGCCUCAAAGCUGAUCGAGGACCCAACCGUCAAUCCAACCGGCCUGGGAGCCCGGGAUUCCCUCCGAUUGGAGGCCGGCUUGUGCUUGUACGGAAAUGAUCUCGACGAGACCACCAAUCCCGUAGAGGGGACUCUGGCCUGGACCCUCGGCCGACCCGGUAGCCGAAGGCGGACCGAACAGGGUUUUUGUGGUGCUGAAACGUUCCUGACGCCCGAGGGCAAGCUCCGGAAGCAGUCUCGCAAGCGGGUCGGGAUCAUGGGCAUGAAAGCCCCCGCCCGGCAGGGGACGGAAAUUUAUGAUUCGGAAGACAAUCUGGUCGGUACCGUCACGAGUGGGACAUACAGUCCUUGCCUCAAAAAACCCAUUGCUAYGGGGUAUGUCGACUCGGGGUUGGCGAAGGCCGGAACCACCCUCCAGCUCAAGAUUCGCAACAAGAUGCAGGCCGCCGAGGUGACCAAGAUGCCGUUUGUCGAAUCGCGAUACUAUCGCGUUCCGGAGUAAUAUUGGGAACCAAUCGUGACGGUUGUGGCCUGAUGAAAAAGAAUCACACCAAACAAGGCAAGUCAGAACGAAACAGACAAAUAUUAGUGUCUGCYUCAAGUUUACUGGCAGAGACCAACAAGCGCACAACGAAACUUGCACUCAUUGCAUGACGGAGCCACUUAACUGAAGUGGAUUCUUCUACUAAAUAAAAGUAGUAAUACAGUCAUUGGAAGUGAAUGGAACGUGAUCCAAUAAUUAAGAUACUGUUAU